AACUCCUGUUGAUUGUACUUGUUCUUUUGGAGUGUGAAAUAACGUCCCGUUUGUCUUUUCUGAGUUAACCGGGGGCCACUAUCUGCUAUGAUGGCUUUGGCUUUAGCUGACCGAGCCAUUGCAGCAAUUGUUGGGUCAGCCGUCGCCGAUGCUGCAGCACAACCGCUCCACUGGGUUUAUGACCUGCAGAAGCUCAGCGGUCUUCUGUCACAAACCCCUCACCCAGAAUUUCGCCCAGAAUCAGCAAAUCCAUUUUACAGGAGGGAGACGGGCAAGCAGAGCUGUUAUGGUGAUCAGGCCUAUGUAUUGCUGGAGUCUCUUUCCGAGCGUGGCGGUCUGAAUCUUGAGGAUCUGAAGAAGCGCUCAUACAAGCUCUUUGGUCCAGGGUCUGAAUAUGACACUCCUGUCAACGAUCCGUACAGGGACAAAUCAGGUCCAAGACCUCAGCUGCCCAUUGAAGGACCGUGGAGACAUGCAAGUAUCAAAAGCUUCAUAAAGAAUGUGGACGCAGGCAAGGACGAAACAGGUUGUGAAACUGACAACCAAAUAGACGGGAUAGCAAAGCUUGCUCCCAUUGUGGCAUGCUACGCUGGGAAGCCAGAGAUGUUGGAGAAGGUUGAAGAUGCCAUCCGAGUUACUCAAAACAACGACUUCUGUGUGACGGAAACCCUUGCUGCUGCUAGGUUUCUCGAGCACUUUAUACUGAAUGGUCCAGAUCCUGAAGCGUUGGAUGCAGUGGUAAAGCAGCUUAAUGAUCCAAACAGAAAGAACCCCCAGGAGCUGGACAAAGCUGUCGUUGGGCACAUACAUCAAGUAAAGGAGAAUCUAACCAAGACUCCCAAAGAGUUGAUACCCACCGUGUUCCCAAACACCUGAGGUUUGCCCGGUGCAUUCCAGGCGGCGCUUCAUGGGGUCCUGACGGCUCAGCAGUUUGACACGGCUGUCCGCGACACUAUGAGCUGCGGGGGAUGCACCUGCAGCAGGAGCUCCUUCAUUGGGGCCUGCAUUGGAGCUCAGGUUGGACUCCAGGGAAUUCCAGACUCAUGGAAGGACAAAACCUUGCAAUACAGUUUACUGCUUGAACAUGCAAAGAAAGUUGCCAACCUCCACCAUGCCUAACUUUUAAAACUAUUGCACUGUAAAACUGCUGAGCUAUCCAAUCAGUGUGUUACCUAUCAAAAAAAUUUUUCAGAUACUCCUCUAUGCCUGUUGUGGUUUGACAGAACAAUCAAUGACAGUUUUAGCUUCAAGUAUCACAGGGUUAAAACUUGAUGUCUCUUGUUCUGUGAGGUCAUGACAUGCUGAAUAUCACAUGCUAAGUGUCAUGUGCUAAAUUGUGCAAUAAAUCAUGUUACUCCUUCUGUA